CUUGACUGAUACAGGGAUUGCCUUGCACAGAGUUGACUGGCUGUCAGUAAAAAAACACGAAGAUGGCGCGGCGCUACAGCCGUGCCACGUCCUGGCGUACUGGAAAUACUCUAUCAACAAAUGCCAGACAAUUGCUAAUUCUAUUGAUAUUGGUUUAUUCCGGGAUACUUUCUCCGUUUACCGCGGAGGCCGGACUGUACACCGCGUCGGAUCAGAUCGUUAUAUUAACUCCGGAAAAUGCAGAUACCGUUUUGUUCAACUCCACAGCAGCAAUGGUUGUUGAGUUCUACGCCUCUUGGUGCGGACAUUGUAUUGGUUUUUCUCCAGUAUACAAAAGUCUUGCAAGAGAUAUCAAAGAGUGGAAGCCUGCCGUGGACCUGGCUGCUGUUGACUGUGCCGAGGAGGAAAGCAGGAAAGUUUGCACCAACUUUGGCAUCACGGGCUAUCCCACACUCAAGUUCUUCCAUGCAUAUGCCACAAGUGACUCCAAGGGACAGUCUUUCCGAGGGUUCCCCCGCGAUGUGAAGGGGCUCAGGCAGAACAUCCUAGAGAAGAUGGAGAACCACCAGGAACCCUGGCCUCCCGCCUGCCCCCCUCUGGAGCCUGCCAGCAAAGCGGAGGUUGACAGCUUCUUUGAGAGCAACUCUGUGCAGCACCUGGCCCUGAUCUUCGAGGCCGCUAGCUCCUUCGUGGGCCGAGAGGUGACCCUGGACCUGCUCCAGUAUGACAACAUAGCAGUGCGCAGGGUGCUGAGUACUGAGGAGGAGCUCGUGAGUCGGCUGGGGGUGACAGUCUUCCCCUCCUGCUUCCUGUACUACCCUGGAGGAAACCACACUAGGCUCACAGUGCAGAACGAGGCCCGCACCUUCUACUCCUACGCCCUCCAGAGGCUCCCGGGGGUAGUGCGGGCAGGGAAGCCCCGCCCUGUCACCUCCGACCUCCUCGGGAACACCACAGACGAGCAGUGGAGGGUCUUCAACAGGUCCAGGGUGUACAUGGCAGACUUGGAGUCGACUCUUCACUUCUCCCUCCGCAUGGAGCUGGCGUCUCACCCAAUCAUCAGCGGAGACGCACUGAGCGCGCUCAGACGCUACGUCUCAGUCCUCGCUAAGCACUUCCCAGGUCGCCCCCUGGUGAAGAAUCUGCUGUCAGCUGUGGACUCGUGGCUGCAGGCUCAGAGCCAAUCAGAGAUCUCGUAUAGCGAUCUGAGGGACGUCUUGGACAACACUGCGGAGGUCCCUGAUGCAGCCCUGCCUGAGGGGCAGAGCUGGGUGGGCUGCCAGGGCUCCAAGCCCCAUCUCAGACGAUACCCCUGCGGGCUGUGGACCCUCUUCCACGUCCUCACUGUCCAGGCCAAGAGCUCUGCCAGCACAGACCCCCUGGAGGUGCUGCAGGCCAUGCGGGGCUACAUACACAGCUUCUUUGGAUGCAGGGAGUGCGCCACCCACUUCGAGGCCAUGGCCCAGGACAGCCUGGCUCAGGUGGACUCAGCCUCCACCGCCGUCCUCUGGCUGUGGUCACGCCACAACCACGUCAACAACCGACUGGCAGGAGCUGGGAGCGAGGACCCACACUUCCCCAAGAUCCAGUGGCCGUCCCCAGACGUGUGCCCUGCCUGCCACGGGGUGAAGAGGGGUGGGGAGCACGCCUGGAAGUCGACCGAGGUCCUCUCCUUCCUCCUCUCCUACUUCUCCUCUGAGCGCCUCCUCCCUGAUCACCUGGAGGAGGAGAGCCAGCUGCUGGCCCAGCAGGAGGAGCAGCGGGAGAAGCGACGGCAGGAGCACGAGGUCCGGAGAGGAGCCGAGAGGAGAGCCAGGGAGGCCUCUUUCACCCAGCCCCAGGAGGAAGAGGAGGAGGAGGAGGAGGACCCGGCGGACGAGGAGGCAGGGGAGGGGGGAGGCACCUUGGAGCCGCCUCCUUGGGUGAAGCCGGAGGCGGAGGAGGAGGCGGCGGUGGCGGUGGAGAGGGCGAGGCCGUCCCGCCAGCGCGGCGCCCACAGCAGGCCCAGCGUGGUGGGGAUGAAGCUGAGGGAGCCCCAGGAAGACAUCGUGGACCUGGACUCCUUUGUCAACCAGCACUACAAGGCCAAGGCUCUCCGGGCUGCCGCCGUCUCCGCCCACGUCAAACGCCGCAGCCUGCAGAGAAGGGAGGAGUCUGUCCUGGGGGUGGGGCUAGAGGCGGGGCCUGAUCUCCCGUGGGCGGAGUCGGUGGAUUUGGGGGCGGGGCAACACAAGAGGCUGCAGAAGCGCGGUCUGACGAGCCAGUACGGGGGCUCGGAGGAGGAGGGUGUGGUGGCGGUGCAGUUAUACCCCCAGGACCCUAGGGGGCGCUGGAUGAACGUGCUGAGUGUGGGCUUCUCAGGACUGGACAUCAGCCUUUGUGUGAUUCUUUACUUCCUCUCGUCUAUGUGCCUGCUGGGCAUGUUCCUUUUCUUCAAGAUGCGCCCGCGGUUCCGGCGGGUCAAGGUAGCACAGCCCUGAGGCACGCCUUGUUCGGCGGCGGGCCUCUCGGCACCGUCUGGCUCCCUGGGUUGGGUUUGGGAUCAGUUACAUCUCCAAAAGCUCACAAAUUGUUGCGCAUUUCCUGUUGAAAAAUGAAAAAUCCAAAGUCAGUCUCAAAUCUCAACUGAUGGCGAACUAAUAAAAGCGUUCGGUUCUGAUACCCUUUCUCCAGUUAACAUGUAUGGAACGUCAAACCGUUUCUUUUGUCAUGACAACUAAACUGAUCUGGACUCGCACCCGUUUCCCAACCUGGUGACGGAAUCCCCCGUCAGGGUGAAGCUAACAGUUAGCCGCCGUCAGGGUCAAGCUAACAGUUAGCCGCCGUCAGGGUGAAGCUAACAGUUAGCCGCAGUCAGGGUCAAGCUAACAGUUAGCUGCCGUCAGGGUCAAGCUAACAGUUAGCCGCCGUCAGGGUCAAGCUAACAGUUAGCCGCCGUCAGGGUCAAGCUAACAGUUAGCCGCAGUCAGGGUCAAGCUAACAGUUAGCCGCCGUCAGGGUCAAGCUAACAGUUAGCCGCCCAACUCAGCUAGCCUCUGGAGUCUUUGUUUGAUCCCUUGUAAUUAACAAUCAUUGUUAUGCUUCUCUGCUUAAUUUGACCUCUUAUUAAGGAUGAAUGAUUGGACUGGAGUGGUAAUCUCCUGAUUUGGAGCAGACCUGGGUCAAUUACCUAUUCAUUUUAAAUAUUUAAUUUAGGUCAUUGUUCAUUUGAUCUAUCUUAAACAAGCGGACCUGUCCUAUAACUGCCAACUGCGUGGAAAGCCCAUCCUAAACUAUGAAAGAGCUUUUAAAUGAUUUUAGGACAUUGAUUGAUGUAAUUGACCUGGGUCUUAUUAAGUGUGAUUUAAAAAAAUAAGAAUUUGUGUCUGAUAUUUAUUUUGAUUAUUUUGCCGAUGUAAUGCUAUACAAUGUUCUUUUCUUAUUUUUAUCACAUUAUUCUACAAAAUGUUUGAAUGACAAGUUCACAUACUGUCGAUUUUUCAAGUUUAAGAUAAAUCCAAUAUUAUUGAACCUUUAGCCAACCACUGGCUUUUUCCCAGCAAGAACUGUCUUGCUUGAGUACUGCACCCACUCCUGCAAGUGAUUCUCGUAUGACAAAUGAUGUGCCUUGAAUUACAUUCUGGAUUAACUGGAAAUGUGCUGAUACAGAUUGUUACCAAAUAUGAGCAAUGUGGUUUCAGACAGCUGGCUAGACUCUUGUCCAGACAGGGUAGUGAAAUCUUAAUUGGGACCUACUUUGCUUGGGAUCUCUUUAAAUGCCCAAAAGAAUCUGUGUCCAAAGUAGAUCACCCAGAACUUUAAGUUAGCAAGAUUUGCAUUUGGCCUGGUGUCGAUUUAAAUGAAGCUAACACAGCUCACUAACUCUCAAGCUAAUUCUCAUCUCAAUCAAUAAAAUUAUUUUUGCUAA